CCCAUAGGUGUCACACGUAGGUCUUUCCGGAAGUCCCUCCCUCCUAGGUUCCUAUUUCUUACAGCCGUAGGAAUACAUUCCUCAACACAUUUAAACACCUUAAAAGUUCUCCAUCUUAAAACGUCAUUCAUAAUGGCGGCGAACACGGGGACGUCCUUGGUGCUGUCCAGUCUUUUGUCAGUACUGGUGUUUGCUGGCAUGCAGAUGUUCAGUAAGCAGUUGGGUUCCACCGAGUGGCUCACCAUCGUUGGCGGUUUCCUGGGUUCUGUUCUCUUCAUAUGUUCCCUCACUGCAUUCAAUAACCUGGAAAAUGUGGUCUUUGGAAAGGGGUUUCAAGCCAAGAUAUUUCCAGAGAUCCUGGUGUGCCUGUGUCUGUCGUUGUUUGCCUCUGGUUUGGUCCACCGUGUGUGUGUGACAACAUGCCUGAUCUUCUCACUCUUCGCCCUCUACUACAUCAACAAGGUGUCCUCGGCUCUCUACCAAGGGGUGGUUCCCGCCGUAACCCCGGCCAAGGCUACAAGCAAGGGCAAGAGAAAGAACUAGGAGCGUCUGUCUGAUAACAUUCCCUAAGUGCCACAGAAGCCCCGAUACGAUAGCAUUAUUUACGAAGAUUUCAAUUAGAAUACAAAACAUGUCUAUUACACAAGGUUUUCAUCGUGAUGGUGCCAUUGUUUGUUUGUCUUGUGGUGUCUUUUUUUUUGCAAGAAAUUAAAAUGUUAGCUUAACAUUUGUAACGGGACAGUGGCCAAUGAAAUGGACCCCCCAUAAGCUAAUUGAAGAGUUGUAACAAAAGAAAGGAAUUUGUUCAGCACUGGUUCAUCAAACUAAUUAUGUCGGGCCAAUAUUCCAGCAUCAUUUUCGUAAGCACAUUUUUCAAUUAAAAGAAUCUGAAAGACAGUG